ACAUCCUCUCGCGACUUGCUCAUCCUCACCUUCACCGUUCAACCAACCGCGUAGGAUCUCGACCAUACGAUGUCUUUCAAGGCUGUUGUACUCGGCGCCGCUGGCGGGAUCGGCCAACCCCUCUCCCUUCUCCUCAAGAACAACCCCCUCGUGAAGGAGCUCGCGCUCUACGAUAUCGUCAACACGCCCGGUGUGGCUGCCGAUCUCUCGCACAUCUCCACCCCCGCAAAGGUUGUUGGCUACCUGCCCCCCGACGACGGCCUCAAGAAGGCGCUGACUGGCGCUGAUAUCGUCGUGAUCCCCGCUGGUGUGCCGCGCAAGCCUGGGCGCUGUUCGGACCGCAGAGAUGAUCUGUUCAAGAUCAAUGCGGGCAUCGUGCGCGAUCUUGCCACAGGAAUCGCGACCUCCGCCCCGAAGGCCGCUGUGCUCGUGAUUUCUAACCCCGUCAACUCCACCGUUCCCAUCGUCGUCGAGGUCUUCAAGAAGCACGGCGUGUUCGACCCCAAGAAGAUCUUCGGUGUGACGACCCUGGAUGUCGUCCGUGCACAGACGUUCAUCGCUGAAGUCCUGGGCGACCUCUCCCUGGCGUCAUCCAUCAACGUGCCCGUUGUCGGCGGUCACAGCGGCGUUACCAUCGUCCCGCUGUUCUCGCAAUCGUCUCACGCCCUCCCGUCUAACUACGCGUCAUCCGAUCUCCAGGCGCUCACGACACGCGUCCAGUUCGGUGGGGACGAAGUCGUGAAGGCGAAGGACGGCGCGGGCUCCGCGACGCUCUCGAUGGCGUACGCCGGUGCCGAGUUCGCGGAGAAAGUCCUGAGGGCGCUCAAGGGCGAGAAGGGCAUCGUCGCGCCGACGUUCGUGCACCUGAGCUCUGACAAGUCUGGCGGCGAGACGAUCAAGAAGGAGGUCGGCAAGGAUAUCGACUACUUCUCCGCUCCUGUCGAGCUCGGGCCCGAAGGUGUCACGAAGAUCCUGUCGCUGGGCAAGCUGACGGACUCGGAGAAGGCCCUCGUCGAGGCAGCCGUGCCGGAGUUGGUGGUCAGCAUCGAGAAGGGCGUCUCCUUCAUUGCGCCGUCGAAACUCUAGACACUGUCAGGGUCGUAGCAAGGGUGAGGCAAAGAGAAAGUGGCGGUAGAGCACGAAGUUGUACACAGUGUACUGUACUAUACCAUCAGAUGCAUGCUUCAGAAUGCGGAUUUUCCAAGAGAAGAGGUCAACAGCCCCUGGUCUGGAUCCGGAGGCGUCGUUAUUGUACUCCGAGUACUGAGGCAGCCACAGU